CGGCUCUAUAGGUUCUUGCCUGGUUUUCAAGAGAGUUUGUGAGUUCUUUACACGACUCUAUUUAGAAUAUUCCUACAAAUUAUUAGGUCCGAUCACCGGACCUAAAUUUUCAUUCGGAUUCCAUGUGCUUUUAGUACUCUUUUAGUAUGUUUUUGAUGUAUUUUUUGAAAAAUAGCAGUUAAUACACAAUUUUAACUGCAUAUUAACUGUUUUUUUGCUGCUCUUUUACUAAGUAUUUAAAAAGUGCAGUAAAAGGGCAACAAAUAUCAAUGAGUAAGAUAUUUGUUACGCUUUUGCUGUGCUCUUACUAUAUUUUUGCAAAUACUAAAAAAAACAGCUAAAUGUAAUUAAAAUUGUGUAUUAGCUGUCAUUUACUCUUUUUUUCAAAAAUACAUCAAAAGUACACUAAGCGCAUAAAAAACGCAUGAAAUACGAACGAAAAUUUAGUUCCGGUGACCCGACUUAAUAAUUUGCCCAUACACAGAGCCACAAAAUGAUUCCCAAAAAUACUGUAGCCGUAGGAGCUAAAAAUAACGUCCAACCCAAUCCAAAGAACGAAGACAAAAGGCAUAUUCCUCUCAGAGUAAUAAAGUAGUCGUCAAUCUGUUAAUUUGUAUUCUCUCUUCUUCGUCAUCAAAUUCCUCGUCAUGUGUCACCUUCUCUUCUCUCCCCAAACUCUUUUAAUCCUUCCCCCGUCCUUCUUUUCCUGCUAAUUAUGCUCUCCAAUCUCAAUCGCCUAACAAAAAUUUCAAAUUUUUAGGUAGAAUCGAAGAGGAGUAGAGCAAAGUUGCAGAGAUGGAUCGGCUGGUAAAGCUUGAGCCAUCAAACCAGGUGGUGAUCCGAAUCGAGCCUGGCCAGCGGUGCUACGGCGUGCUCACCCUGCGUAACGUCAUGUACACGAUGCCGGUAGCCUUCCGGGUCCUGCCGCUAAAUCAGGCCAGGUUUACGAUCCGGCCACAGACAGGCAUCCUCGCCCCCCUAUCUACCCUCAGAAUCGAAAUCACUUACCUGCCUCAGCAGCCUACUGUUCCUCUCAUCCCCGACUGCGUUCCGCGAUCCGACGAUUGCUUCUAUGUCGACUCCGUCGUCUGCGUCGGCGCAACUUCCAGCGCACUCGACGCCGUCCCAGCCAGCUGGUUCAAUGCAAAGAAGAAGCAAGUAUUCACGGACUCCGGUCUCCGCAUUUUCUAUACCGGAUCCGCCGUCCUUGCGCGUUUGAUAGAAGACGGGGAAAUGGAGAAGGUACGAGAAGUGUUGGAGCAAAGCGAUCCGGAUUGGCAUGCGGCCGACUCCACCGACGCUCACGGCCGAACGCUUCUUCAGCUCGCCAUCGCUCGCGGUCGCGCCGACCUAGUGCAACUCCUAAUAGAAUUCAGCGCAGACGUGGAGGCAGCGAGCCAGGGGAGGUCGCCGUUGGAAGCUGCGGCAGCUUACGGACAGACCAUCAUUGCCGAGCUCCUCCUUGCACGGGGGGCGUCGACGGCACAAUCCCAGAGAUCGGCUUACGGCCCACUGCACCUUGCAGCGGCCGGGGGUCAUUCAGAGCUUCUGCGCUUGCUGCUGCUGCAUGGCGCGGAGGUAGACGCGGUGGCAACGGAUGGGCGGACGGCGCUGCAUUUGGCCAUCGCGGAGAAGCGGCGGGAUUGCUCGGAAAUUCUAAUCUCGGCUGGGGCGAGGGCAGACGCUUGCGGGGCAGGGGGGGACACGCCGCUCCACGUGGCGGCGGCCGCAGGGGAUGAAGUGAUGGCGAGGCUUCUGAUUGCCGGUGGAUGCGCGGGACUUAAGGAUGCAAGGAAUAGGGCAGGAAAGACGGCGUACGAUGUUGCGAAGGAGGAACGGCAGCGCCGGUUCUUUGAUCUGAUGAAAGCAGAAGAAAGUCUAAUGGCGGCGGCAAGGAGAGGGGAUGUUAGGGCAUUAUCACGGGCGAUCGAGAUCGGGGCAGCGGUGGACGGGAGGGAUGGAUCGGGGUGGACGGCCUUAAUGAUGGCGGGGUUUAAGGGAUGGAUGGAGGUGAUUAGGCUUUUACUGGCGAAGGGAGCGCAGAUUGAUGCGAGGGACGAGGAGGGGUACACGGCUCUGCACUGCGCGGUGGAGGCGGGGACGCAGUCUAUGUGGUGGCUAGUAAAGCUCGAGCCAUCAAACCAGGUGGUGAUCCGAAUCGAGCCUGGCCAGCGGUGCUACGGCGUGCUCAUCCUGCGUAACGUCAUGUACACGAUGCCGGUAGCGUUCCGGGUCCUGCCGCUAAAUCAGGCCAGGUUUACGAUCCGGCCACAGACAGGCAUCAUCGCCCCCCUAUCUACCCUCAGAAUCGAGAUCACUUACCUGCCUCAGCAGCCUACUGCUCCUCUCAUACCCGACUGCGUUCCGCGAUCCGACGAUUGCUUCUAUGUCGACUCCGUCGUCUGCGUCGGCGCAACUUCCAGCGCACUCGACGCCGUCCCAGCCAGCUGGUUCAAUGCAAAGAAGAAGCAAGUAUUCACGGACUCCGGUCUCCGCAUUUUCUAUACCGGAUCCGCCGUCCUUGCGCGUUUGAUAGAAGACGGGGAAAUGGAGAAGGUACGAGAAGUGUUGGAGCAAAGCGAUCCGGAUUGGCAUGCGGCCGACUCCACCGACGCUCACGGCCGAACGCUUCUUCAGCUCGCCAUCGCUCGCGGUCGCGCCGACCUAGUGCAAAUCCUCAUAGAAUUCAGCGCAGACGUGGAAGCAGCGAGCCAGGGGAGGUCGCCGUUGGAAGCUGCGGCAGCUUACGGACAGACCAUCAUUGCCGAGCUCCUCCUUGCACGGGGGGCGUCGACGGCACAAUCCCAGAGAUCGGCUUACGGCCCACUGCACCUUGCAGCGGCCGGGGGUCAUUCAGAGCUUCUGCGCUUGCUGCUGCUGCAUGGCGCGGAGGUAGACGCGGUGGCAACGGAUGGGCGGACGGCGCUGCAUUUGGCCAUCGCGGAGAAGCGGCGGGAUUGCUCGGAAAUUCUAAUCUCGGCUGGGGCGAGGGCAGACGCUUGCGGGGCAGGGGGGGACACGCCGCUCCACGUGGCGGCGGCCGCAGGGAAUGAAGUGAUGGCGAGGCUUCUGAUUGCCGGUGGAUGCGCGGGACUUAAGGAUGCAAGGAAUAGGGCAGGAAAGACGGCGUACGAUGUUGCGAAGGAGGAACGGCAGCGCCGGUUCUUUGAUCUGAUGAAAGCAGAAGAAAGUCUAAUGGCGGCGGCAAGGAGAGGGGAUGUUAGGGCAUUAUCACGGGCGAUCGAGAUCGGGGCAGCGGUGGACGGGAGGGAUGGAUCGGGGUGGACGGCCUUAAUGAUGGCGGGGUUUAAGGGAUGGAUGGAGGUGAUUAGGCUUUUACUGGCGAAGGGAGCGCAGAUUGAUGCGAGGGACGAGGAGGGGUACACGGCGCUGCACUGCGCGGUGGAGGCGGGGCAAGCUGAGGCAGUCGAGAUGCUCGUGAAGCGUGGAGCGGAUCUGAUGGCUAGGACGGCGAAGGGGAAGACGGCGGUGGAGAUCGCCGGAGCGCUUGGGUAUGUAGGGAUCGUGAGGAUACUUGUGCGGGGUGGGGUCGUGAAGGUGUGCGAGCAAGCAGCAAUGGUGGUAGAGGUGAGGCCAGUGUUGGGAAAGGGGAAAAAGAAUGGAAAUCGGAUCGCCUGCGGAAGCGGCGGCGGCGGCCGUGGCGGUAGGGUAAUGAGAGCGGGGUUCGUCGAUCGGACGACGCAAUGGCGGUGGCGAGCUAUGAACGGCGGGGAAUUUGGGAGGAGGGUGAUUUUGUAAUUUCGUAAAUGAUGUUCGAGUAAUUACUUAACUAACCAAAAAAUGCCAAAUUUUCAGGAGGAUCUCUUUUUUUUAGGAACUUUUUGGAUUUAAUAAAUUCUGUAAAUCCGAAUUUAUUAAAUUAAAAUUCUGAAAAUUUUGGCAAAAUUUUUUUUCUAAGGUUAGUAAAUCUUGAUAAAUUGUUUAGUAAUGUAACUCAAGAUUUAUGUAAAUAAAUUUAUAAUGAAAUAAUA